AUGCGGAAAGGGGAUGCGACAGACGACAAGAAGUCUGCACUUCGUUCGAUAUCUCCUAACCAUGCAGGCCGCCAAGAUGCAUCGAAGCCCCGGCGCAAAGGAGACAAACUGAAGUCUACUUGUGAGGUUGAUGAACUACAACAAGCGAUAUCUUCCAUAGCAUUGGAUGACGCACAAUCGCGCAAGGACGCCACAGAACCCAUAUGCCUAGAUGAUACUGGGCCCAUGCCUCGAAGAAGCUCGCGCCAGAAGAAGGUGUAUAACACCAGGUCUGGCCCUACUGAGGCCGCUGAGCGCAUAGCCCGCCCUUCGCCUUCUGUGGAGAACGGCGAGCCUGUCUUGGUAUCAGAAGAAGAUAAUGCUGUAGAUACAAGAAAGCGCCGGGAUCGUGAGAAUCCCUCGAGUCGAACACAAACAUCGUCCUCAGCGUGCGAGCCCACGGAGCUCAAGCCUCGGAAAGGCAAAUCUUCUGAAAAGCCAGACGACUGUCCAUCGACAGUCUCACACAUUGAAUCUGUUGUUGUACACGACGGGUUCUGGACGACAGACACUAGCUCAAAUACAGGAUCUGCAGAAGCUGCAAGUACGACUGACACUCGAACCAGUCGCGGCAAGAAAAAGCGGAUCGCCCGUGUGAGCAUCUUGGACUUGACCUGA